AUGGCUAAGCUGAGAUCGUGGCAACUGCGCGGUCAGCUACAUCUGUUGACCGGCUUCAUAACGGGAUUCGUUUGCGCUUUUAUGUUGCUUCUCUUCAUUUACGAUGUACACAAUGGCAUCAGCUGUUGGCCAACCAGCAGCAGUAGCAGUGGUAGCAGCGACUACACCUCCUCUAGGGCGAUGAAUAGAUUUUCAGCAGAUUUAUCACCUGCGAUUCGUGUGCUCUGCAUGGUACUCACCUGUCCGGACUAUGUGGAGCGCUAUGCCCAGCACGUAUACGCCACAUGGGGUCAACGCUGCAACAAGCUAAUCUUCGUUAGCAGCGAGAACUACGAACCGUUGGGCGUCGUUCAGGUGGUCGACUCUGACGGCGGCAACUAUGAAGAUUUGUGGAAUAAAACACGAGAGGGUUUUCGAUAUGUCUGGCUAGAAUAUGGCGCGCAAUACGAUUGGUUUCUCAAGGCCGACGAUGAUACCUAUGUGAUUAUGGAAAAUCUGCGUCAUAUGCUCAGCGCCUAUGACCCCGAUAUGCCCAUAUAUUUUGGCUAUCAGAUGAGACGCUAUAAUGUGAGUUACAUGUCUGGCGGCGCUUCCUAUGUGCUUAGUCGCGAGGCACUGCGGCGCUUUAUGAGUGAAGCCUAUAGCUCGGCCAAAAUCUGUCCAGCAGCGAAGAAAACGGGCAUUGAGGACUUCUAUAUGGGCAUUUGCCUGCAGAAUGUGGGCGUGCACUUGAUAGACUCCAAGCGCGCAUUGCCCGCAGAGCAGAAACCAAAGUUUUUUCCGCUGGAUGUUGCAAAAUAUUUGUUCAACUCCAAUGUCAGCAUACCGGACUGGUUGCGAGAGAUGAGCGUCUCACAGAUAGCCACAGGCAACGACUGCUGUUCGAAUUAUUCCAUUGCUUUUCAUUAUACGAAGCCGGAGCGCAUGUAUCUAUAUGAAUUUCUGCUAUAUAAUUUGCGUGUGUUCGGGCGCAGCUACGAGGAGCAGCUGCCGGCGCAGCUCACAGCUGAAGAAUUAUUCGAGCUGUUUCCCAUUGAAAACAAUCUGGAUAUUAGAGAUUUAUCACAAAUGCACGAAAAGCCAGAAAAUUUUUGA